AUGCCGCAGGUCCGUAGCCUUCGCGCCCGAGGUACGAUGAAUGAGAACGAUGAGAACGGUCCCUCGACGCGUCUGACGCGGGCCAAGGCCGCCGCUCAAACUGAGGGUCCUGCCGACGCGAUCAAAAAGCCUGUCGUCAAGCGAGCCCCUUCGGCUGUUAAUGGAGCUCGCCGCGCGGCUCUCGGAGAUGUCAGCAAUUUCAACAAGGCCGACGCGGGUGGAGCCAAGGAUGGAAAGAAGGCUGUGGCUGGCAAGGCUGGCUUGACAUCAAAGGCCGGUGUGAAGCCUGGAGGUAUUCAGAAGCCCGGUCGCACAACUUCAACACGAGGGAACCAUGGGCUUCGCGAUGCCAACACCAAGAAGCCUGCCGCGAAGCGCCAGGUUCCCAAGACCAACGAGAACGCGACUUCGGAGGAGCCCCCUCUCAAGAAGCCCAAUACGCAGCAGAAGGCUCCCGAGGUGGAAGAUGAGCCGGCUGUUAAAACGAGCAUCAAGGAUGUCGUGGAGGAAGGUGUUCACGAUCUGGACACCGAGGACUUGGACGACCCUUUGAUGGCUGCUGAAUAUGUGGUGGAAAUCUUCGACUACCUGAAGGACCUCGAGCUGGUUACGAUGCCUAACCCUCAGUACAUCGAGCACCAGCAUGAUUUGGAGUGGAAGAUGCGCGGCAUUCUUGUCGACUGGUUGAUUGAGGUUCACACCCGAUUCCGUCUGCUUCCCGAGACUCUCUUCCUGGCCGUCAACAUCAUCGACCGCUUCUUGUCAGCCGAGAUCGUCGCUUUGGACCGUCUGCAGCUUGUUGGUGUUACUGCCAUGUUCAUCGCUUCCAAAUACGAGGAGGUCCUUUCUCCUCACGUUGCCAACUUCAGUCACGUUGCCGACGAGACUUUCUCCGACAAGGAAAUUCUUGAUGCCGAACGCCACGUUCUCCAGACCCUCGAGUACAACAUGAGCUUCCCGAACCCCAUGAACUUCUUACGUCGUAUCUCCAAGGCCGACAAUUAUGAUAUCCAGACCCGCACUCUCGGCAAGUACUUAAUGGAGAUCAGCCUGCUUGAUCAUCGCUUCAUGAGCUACCCCCAGAGCCACAUUGCCGCUGCCGCCAUGUACUUGGCCCGUCUCAUCCUCGAACGUGGGCCCUGGGAUGCCACUCUUGCGCACUAUGCCGGCAAGAAGUUCUUGAAGGCUUCUAUCUUGACUCGCCAGUGGGCCAAGAAGUACCACAGCAUGUACAUCGACAGCUCUCUGUCGGAGCCGUACACUUACAUCAAGGAUGAACAGUAA